AUGGAUUAUGAGCCGGUGAUGAACGAGCUGAUAAACAAGGUUGUUCGGAAGUUCUACGAACCCCACCAUGUUGUUAUAAUGGGGAUUUUAUUGAAGGCCACGCUUCUAUAUGACAAUGAGCUUUGCGAAAGAAUGAAGAUGCUUUCAAAGGAAGUAAACAAGUUGAUUAUCAAGCUAAAAGAAGAUAAGAUGAUUAAGUAUGAGACUAAGGUUGAGAAUAGAGAGAAUAAUGGGCAAAUACUACGCACAGUGUACUACAUCAAUUAUGCAGAAGUGCGAGAUGUCAUCAAAUACAAGAUCUACAAGAUGACGAAGAAUUUGGAAAAUAGCAUUAAAAUGGGGCAAGCAGAGGGAUAUAUAUGCAUAGAGUGUAACAGGGAGUAUAGCUCACUGGAUGCACAAGGACUUAUGGAGAAUUAUGUUUUUAAGUGUGAGGAUUGUAAGGGAGAUCUGGCUGAGAACAGGAAAGACAGAAGUGAGGAUUGCGAGAUGUAUUCGAAUUUAAUGUCUGAGCUGGAUGGAAUUGUUAUGCUUUUGAAGGAGACCGACAAGUACAGUAUACCAUCGAUGGAUUAUUUCCAGGUUCUUGAGAUGAAGAAGGAUAGAGAAUGCAAGGAUGUGCAUGUGCAAAAGGAAGAGGAGCAUGUUCCGAUACAUCAGUCGAGCAUUGAGGAGCCUGAAAUUGAAAGUCAUUAUGCAGAUAAUAGCGUGGUGAUUCAGAAUGAGGCCUGUGUGGAAAUAAAUGAAUAUGUGAUGGUCAGUGGAAUUAGAAAGCGAUUUUCUGAUGUAACUGAAGAGGACAAAGAGAAGAUGUCUGAGGAGGAAUAUGAAAAGUAUUAUGAGAUAUACUCUAAGUAUUAUGAAGAGCCAGAUGCUUAG